AUGACUCGUCGGAAGAAGCUUCUGCGGACUGCUAUCGUCGCCAAGGAGGCAUUCUUGGUGUACAGAGCUGUCGAAUAUGAUCUUGAACUUUCCAAGAUUGAACGACGGGGCGAAACUCUUUACCUCUCUGACAACCAAAAGAACCUGGACAUUCCUCCCCGGCGCGGCCCCUUCCUUGAAAAUCUGACUGCCGACCCGGUGUAUCGGGAAGCCGCUUUGACAUGGUUCCAAUGCAACGCCGCCCAUGCCCUGUCGAGCCGUCUCAUAAACAAGCUUCUCACAGACGUCCCCUGCGCGAUUGAGAUGUUUUUGCUCCGAAUCGGAAACCCGCAUUUCAUAACGCAGGUCAUUCCCGGCCCCGACUCACCCAAUAUCCCCAGCCUCGACGCCUCAACCAUGCCCCAUUCAGUGCUGAAGGUCGACCUCCAACUAUCUUCUUUUACUGAGAGCUGGAUUGUCGACCUCACAGGUGCUCAGUACGGCUUCCAAGAAGUCCUUGUUCCGUUCCUCAAGUACACGGAAAAUAAGGAAUGCAACAUAGCCAGCCCACCAGAGUCCUUCGACAUCACCCAGACACAUGACCUGGACAUCUUGAUGAAAGAAUAUCCUUCUGGAGUCCGGCGAGCAAUAGCAUGUGCGGAGCGUCCGGCACGGCUGCGUUUUGCUGCUUUUGUGGAUACUAUCGACAAGAAGACCUUGGAGGGGUCACUUGGCGAAUUCGAGAAUAAAUUGAGUGUCUUUCGAUUGGCAUUGAGGCAGCACAUGUCGAGCAAUACCCAGCGUGUUUGA